UGUAUUGAAAAACUGUGUGUUUUUGGAUAUUUUUUGCGUGAUAAUAUUAUGUCAUAUUGAAGACUGAAAAAAGGAAUGAAAAUAAUUCAAUAUGGCUGAAAACGAAGGUCCUGUCACUGUUGAAGACCUGCCUAUAUCAUUUCAUGUCAAAUACUUAGGACAGAGCGAUGCGCGAGGACUAUGGGGUAUCAAACACACGAGGAAACCAGUUGAUUUGAUGGUAGCCGCAGCGAAAGCGUUGCCUCCAGGUCAAAUUUUACCCAUUGUGAAACUAACAAUCACAGUUGACGGUGUCCACGUCGAGACUGUGCUACACGGGACAAAACGGGAUGAGUUUGAGCACAUGUCUGUCUUCUUCAACAUAGAGUCAAUAUCUUACGGAGUACAGGACCUGGUCUACACGAGGGUGUUCUCCAUGAUCAUAGUGAAGGACAAUGAGCCGGUCAAGGGAUUGAAUCCCUUCGAAUGCCAUGCCUUCGUUUGCGAGUCGAGAAAUGCAGCUCGGCGGCUAACAUACUCCUUGGCAGCAGCCUUCCAAGAUUAUUCGAGACGAGUGAAAGAGAUGCAAGCAUCAACAGAUCACGACGAACGCCCACCGAGUAUGAAGAAGAGGUUCGCCAUAGACUUGCGAACGCCGGAGGAAAUAGAGGCGGACUUGGAAACAGAGGCGUGAGAUAAAAGCAUCUUUAUAAGUAUAUUAAAUAUCGGUAUGGUUAACUUAUAAGUUUGUAUAGUUUGACCGGAUUACACUUGAGUUUGUUAAUGUGUGUCUAAUUUACAAGAGGCCUCAAUCGUAGUAUAUUAUUUAGCGAAAAACCUGUAUGAAAUUCGUGUAUAAAAUAGUUUAUCAUUAUGUCAUUUUGAUGUAGGUACCUAAACCUCGUUAAAUGAAACAAUCAAAGUGUGUAGGUAAAAAAGGGUGAAUAGGACUGUCGGGGUAAAUACUGACGGAGUUUGUAAUACCUAUAAAAAAAGAUUUUCAGGAUCAAUUCAAAGAUUCUUAGACUUUCUGUUUUCAUUAAAAAUAAUGUCAUGCGGCUAGAUUGAAAGCAGUAAUCCCUAUACAAAAUUUAUUACAUAUUCACCCUGUUUUACCGUACAGUUAAUUUUAAUAUUAAUAAUAUAGGUAGAUUGACUAAUGGCCGCUGUCAAAAAUAACACAUCGUACUGAAACAAUCUAAAGAUAUUUUUGAUAUACAUAAUGAUUACGUUGAAAAAGAAAUGAAAACUUCAGUCAUUUAGUCGUGUAAAAGCCAAAAA